AUGGUGUUUCCACUUUCAAGAAAAGAUGAUAAGUCCAAUGUUGCAGUCACAAAGUUUGAAUCGUAUAAAGGCAACGAUGCUCAAAGUGAAAAAUCGCAAGAUAUAAUCCAAGCUGAGCCAUAUCCAAAUACAGACGACGAGAAGAAAUCAUUUUGGUCUAAAUUCAGAUUUACAGUGGAUACCUCCGACCACCCACCCCAAAUUUUCAAUGCCACAUUAUAUUUGAGUAUUUUAGUUUUUGGAAUACUUGGUGCCGGUAGAGGUCUUGACGAAGGAAAUAUUUCGGGAAAUAUUGCUCUUCCUUCUUUCAAACAAAGGUUUGGAUUAAGUGACGAGUCAAAAACGGAGGACCAAUUGGCUAACUUGAAGUCCAACAUUACCUCUAUGGUUCAGUUGGGCUCUAUUGGUGGUGCUAUUAUUGCCAUGAAAUCAGUUGAUUACUUUGGUAGGAUUAGAGCAUUGCAGGUGACUUGUAUUAUUUGGGUAGUUGGUGUCAUUAUUGAAAUCAGUUCGAAUUCAGUUGGUCAAUUAUACGCUGGUCGUUUAAUUGAAGGGUUGGCUAUUGGUCAAACAACAUCUAUUGGUCCUGUUUACUUGUCUGAAGUUGCACCAAGUCCAAUUCGUGGGAUCGCCAACUGUAUUUUUGCUGGUGCCGUUUAUUUCGGUAUCAUGUUGAGUUAUUUUGCAAAUUGGGGUUCAGCUUUGCAUAUCCCAAACAUGUUAGCCGAUGGAUCACCUAAUGACAAACAAUGGAGAGUUACAUUAUCUACUAAGAUUAUUAUGUGUGGAUUAAUCUUUAUUACUUCGUUCUUUUGGUGUGUCGAGAGUCCCCGUUGGUUGUUAAAACAUGGCAAGGCGGAGGAAGCGAUUGACAAGUUGAGCAAGUUGAGACAUUUACCUGCUGACCAUCCAUACAUCAUUGCUGAGAUCAGUGAUAUCAAUGAACAAAUCAUGGCAGAAAAGGAAGCUACAAAGAAUUCAUCAUUGUGGACCAUGUUUAAACAAAUUGUUACAGUAAAGAGUAUUGCUUAUAGGUUUGUGUUUAUCGCCGGUGCAACUCAAGUGUUGGGCCAAUGGAGUGGUGCCAAUGCCGUUACAAUCUACGCUUCGGAAUUGUUCUCAUUAGUUGGUGUUACUGGUAUUGAUACUUUGAAAAUGUCGGCUGUCUUGGGUGUUGUGAAGUUUGUUUCUGCUUACCUUUCAGCUUUCUUCAUUAUUGAUAUCUUGGGCAGAAAGAGAGCCAUUUAUAUUGGUAUUUGCGGUCAAAUGUUGUGCUUGUUGUACUAUGCCAUUUUCUUGACAAUUGUUCCUCAAGCUGCCGAGUCUGGUGCAGUCAUCACCGGAUCGGCUAAAAGAGCAAGUCAAGGUGCAUUAGCAGCUAUAUUCUUGAGUGGUACUUUCUGGACUGUUGGAUUCAAUGCAGUUCAAUAUUUGCUUGGUGGUGAGAUUUUCCCUCUUGGAAUUAGAACAUUUGCUCAAUCGUUGGUUAUGAUUUUACAUUUUGCUAAUCAAUAUGGUAACUCUAAAGCAUUACCCAAGAUGAUGAUUGCAAUGAAUUCCUAUGGUGCAUUUUAUUUUUUCGUUGGUGUGUUGAUCCUUUCACUAGUUUGGGCAUUCUUCCUUCCUGAAUUGAAGGGCAGAAGUUUGGAGUCAAUUGAAGAAGUGUUUACAUUGCCAUGGUAUGACUUGAGACGUUGUAACAAAUUGGUUCCCGAUCAUUCACAAAUCCAUAAGGUCAAGUUCACAAACAGUAGAGGUAAUACCGGAUUUGAUCAUAUUCACUUUGAUUUAGAAAAGAACAAGCCUAGUGUUGAAAUGGUGGAAGAUUUAGUUCAACGUGAUAGAGAAGGUUCAGGUGUUGGAAAUGGUAGAAGUGGUAGAGAACAUGAUGAUGAUUAUGACGAUGAAGAUGAAAAGAAAGUUUAG